AAGUACCCAAAAAUUGAAAAUUAUUAUUUAAAAAAUACAAAAUGGAUGAGAGAUUGUCCAUUUUAAUUUCCCUUUUUCUGGAGAUUCUUUAUUUAUUUUUUUCUCCACAGUGUCCGGGAACUUCGAAAAGAAGGAAGGAAGAACGAUGCGUAAAUAGGAGAUCUCAGAAGGCAACGGAGUUCACUGGGGGGAAAAGCGACAUCGUUUUUUCACGAAUCGAAUUACGGACAGCUUCGUGGUCUCCGCUACAUGCCCAUUUUGCUGAGCCGUGAAACUGUUAUGUGAGAGCUGACUGUAAUGAUGUCGCGGCCCUGGGUAUUGGUUUGUCUGCUCCUGUUAAUUGUAUUUACAUCACAGUUUGAGUGGAAGCAACAAUACGGGAAUGAACUGGAAGCAAGUCCAAACACUUCCCAGAAACAGCGUUAUAUAUCUGAUAGGGAGGAAUCAGUGAAAGAAAAAAUUAUACUCUCUCAAGAGAAGAAUAUUCAGAAACUUAACGAGCUUGUGCGGAGUCUUCGAGAGCAAUUGGUACAGUGCAGGGGUGAAAGUGAGGUUGUCAAUGGCACAGUGACCCCUUUGACUGAACUUCUAACUGAGCUUGAGCGUCAUCCAAUCUUGGAGGAUUAGUUAUGGUUUGGACAUGUUGAAUUAAUAUUCUAAUAUCUGUAAGUAGGAAAUCUUGUUUCCUUUGCAAGCUAUCUUGACCGUCAUCCAAUCUUGGAGGAUUAGUUAUGGUUUGGACAUGCUGAAUCAAUAUUCUAAUAUCUGCAACUAGGAAAUCAUGUUUCCUUUGUAAGCUAUCUUGAUCCUUACAAGGUUCUAUGAACAUUGUUACAGUUGACUUGCAAUUCAUAACAUUAAUUCCACCUUC